AUGCUGUGCGACAAAACCAUCUUCAAGCUCAAGGCUCAGAACAAGUCCAUGACCCUCACGAGCCCGGGGCUGACCAGCGGUUCUGCCAACCUGGGCAGCUGCUCUGAUUCCAGCAGGGCUCCUCGGUCACCUGCCUUCAGGCUGGCGGACGGAAGUCAAUGUGCCACCUUAGAUUUGGAGUGCAGCUGGGAGAAGGUCACAUGGGACUUCCAGUCUUGGGGAGAGUGGGCCUCUGUUCCCAGGCAGAAGAGGAAUGCACAGAGGAGGUGCUGGAAUGUUCCAAAACCUCCCUUGGCCAGGAGAACCAGGCUGGGGCUCAAGGUCGCUGCAGGGGUGUCACCAGUGCUGCUGACCACGUCUCUACAGCCGGUUUCCCAGGCACCACCACCUCCAUGGACCCAGGAGGCCUCAACCAAGCUGGAAACCCUUGGAGAGAGCCAGCUGCGGUGCCAAGAUUCAGCCGCUAGAGGGGGCAGGCGAGCCAUCGUCCUACGGAUGGGGAAAUCAUCGCACCCCAGGACUGACCGAGGAACAGACCCUCCAACGGCUUCCCGGGACAUCUUCCCAAGGCCAUUUCCACCAGCUGUUAUAGGUUGGUCCAAGGACCCAUUAAAGCAACUCACCCAACACACAUCACCCUUCUGCCGAGUACACAUGGCCGUGAAGCCGGACAGAAGGGAACCUGGAGAUGAAUCUGGAAGCCGCCUUUCCUGGAGUCGCACAAUCAUAAAUGAAGCCGUUUCGUGGAGCGCUAACAGAGGGAAAAUGACUGGCCCGGUCUGAUUUAUCUGCUCAGAUGCUUU